AUUGGAGGGUACCUAAGCAAAAUUCGCUACCUUUCUUCGCAUUCAAGCGAAAAAAAAAACAAACCAAACAUUUUCUCUCUUAACAAUAAAAUCAUAAUCUUCGUUGGUUUGUUCUAUUUUCUCUCUGCAACAAAAACCCUUCUCUUCAGUUCACAGCUUUUUCUCUUUGAGUUUUUCUUUCUUUUACUUUUCUCUCUCUUAGGGUUUUCGAUUCAACGCUGAUGGGGCAGCAAUCGUUGAUCUACACCUUCGUCGCGCGUGGCACGGUGAUCCUCGCCGAGUACACGGAAUUCACAGGCAACUUCACCAGCAUAGCUUCGCAGUGUCUUCAAAAGCUUCCGGCUACAAAUAACAAGUUCACCUACAACUGCGAUGGCCACACCUUCAAUUACCUCGUUGACGAAGGAUUCACUUACUGCGUGGUUGCUGUAGAGGCUAUUGGUCGACAGAUUCCUAUUGCGUUCCUUGAGCGAGUCAAGGAGGAUUUCACCAAGAGAUACGGUGGUGGAAAAGCUGCAACAGCAGUUGCUAAUAGCCUGAACAGGGAGUUUGGAUCCAAAUUAAAGGAGCACAUGCAAUAUUGUGUGGAUCAUCCUGAUGAGAUCAACAAGCUUGCUAAAGUAAAAGCUCAGGUCUCAGAAGUUAAAGGUGUUAUGAUGGAAAAUAUUGAAAAGGUCCUUGACCGGGGAGAGAAAAUCGAACUUCUGGUUGAUAAAACAGAGAACUUACGCUCUCAGGCGCAAGAUUUCAGGCAGCAGGGGACCCAAGUAAGGAGGAAGAUGUGGUUGCAGAACAUGAAGAUAAAGCUAAUUGUUUUGGGAAUCUUAAUCGCACUGAUUCUGAUAAUCGUUCUAUCUGUUUGUGGAGGCUUCCAUUGUUGAUGUUUCUUCUUCACUCCUAUUCUAUUCUCAUCUUGACGAUGAUGAUUGGAGUUCCUCUUACAGCUUCAUCUUGCCACCAUUUUUUGGUUUGUUAUUUCCCACUUUUUCAUUAUAGUCUACUGUUAAGACUGUAUGUAUAGUUUGUCUAGUCUUUUUUGACGUGUGAAAUAUCUUUUGUUUCUUUACUCUUUCAAGUCAUUUUACCUUAAAAUCUUUCUCGAAAUUGAAACAAUGGAAAAAAUUGCAAUUUAGUGUGAUUGAUUCCAAAUUCGUUUAGUAGUAUUUGUAAUUCACUUUGUUGCUCUUC